ACCUGAAAGAGGUGACGGCUGUGACGGCGAAGUCGACAACCUAAAAUCAUUUCUGGAAGGUAACGGUGCAUUAUAUAUCGAAGGAGCUGCAGAAAUGGACGAUAGAAGGACCAAAGAAGGCGGUAAACUGGCCGCAGGUGUCCCUGUUGAUGACACGCUACUUCCCCUCAUCGAUGAGGGCGUGGUAGCCUUCUGCAUGACUGGCGAGUUGCCUGGUGUCAACCCCCCGGAGUCUGAUACGCUUCCACUCACGAUGAUCGGUGGUGGGUGAUGGUGAUGGCGGUAAGGCGGCGGAGGCGCCUGCCGCGCGAACAGGUCAUUGAUCACUGUCCCCAACGCCAAACGCAGCCGCACACCAUUAGGCAGUGUGUG